AUAAAAAUUAGUGCGCGGAACACAAUCAAAUUGGUUAUGUCACAAAUAAAUAGUUGUAGUAUAUAAUUAAUUGAGUGGUAGAUUUAAAAAACAUAUUUAUCAGUAAAAUAAAUAAGUGACAAUGUAUACAUUUGAUGUACAGUACAUCUUUGGAAAAAUUUACACCCGUUGUACAGCAGUUUCAUUGCCAAAAAUUAAUUUAUCGCGCUCUCAAAAGAUAUUAAUAAUAUGUCUGACGAGUGGAACAUUACUGCUAGGAGGCCUGGCAAAAUAUUUGAAACGAAGGCGACGACCACCUUACCCUCAUACACGCCGGCAGACUAUUCGUCAACGAUAUAUCAACACCAAAGGAUCUAAUUUCGAUGCUGUCUCUCAAGUAUCAUGGGCUAAAAGAAGUGAAGUCAGUACGAGAAGUCAUAUAAGCGAUCGAGCAUCUCUUGUUUCUUCGAUUCCUGGAGGCCCGGAAGGUGAUGUUAAAUUAACACCACAGCAAUACGGUGUCCUUGGAUUGGAGGCACUGGAAAAGGCGCUUUAUUGUUGGGAGGACGCUCUCACGGCAUUCAGUUGCACCCUUGGAAAUAAUGCGCUUGCAUUGCCUUCAAAAGCCGACGCGGCAUUUACACACGAUGUCCAGGAAUUACUUGAUCUUGGCUAUCAAAUGCAGAGCACCGCUGAGCUGCUAUUCAUUGAUCAGCACUCGGUACUUUUCUGCAACGAAGAUGAAGGAAGUGAAGCGAGUAACCGGCGCGCGUCAACGGCACGUUCAUACGGUCGGGAAAAAGAUAAAGCGGAAGCUGCAUCAUCUCCCGAGUCGUUUGCGUCUGCAAAAGACGGGGUGGCAGACCUGAGAGAAUUCGAAGACUUUUUUGAAUUUUUCCCACACUUGGAGCAACAAAAACUGUAUCAUGCAGCGCUGAAGGAGCACGAGGACAAAGGCAUUCAGUGCAGGCGGCUUCAUACAGAAUUAGUCAAGUGCGGCUCCGAUGUCGAGUACGUUGCUAAGGUUCACUGUUUACGUCAGGCCUACUCUAGACUCUUUACUUUGCCUGGAGCCGCGACCUGGAUCGCAGACAUUGGUCGCCAGGUCAUCAGUGACUUGAUUGUCUACGCUGAUAGGGAUCCUGAAGAAUAUCUCGUUCACUACGAGAACAUGCUGGAGUUUUUGGGAGACUCGAGUAACCACAAAAUAAUGCAGGAAGAAUUGAGCGCCCGUGGCGUUAAAUGCAUUAAUUUCUACGACAUAGUAAUUGAUUUUAUUUUACUGGACUCUUUUGAUGAAGUCGAUAAGCCGCCGUCUUCAAUAAAAGCGAUACUACAAAACCGAUGGAUUUCUGCGAGCUUCAGAAAGACUGCAGUUGGUACAGCGGUGUGGUCAAUACUGGCCAGUAAGCGACAGAUGUUGAAGUACAAUAAAGGAUUCCUAACACAUUUCUAUUUUAUAUCUGAACAAGUGUCUCCGGUGCUGGUGUGGGGUUUCCUUGGGCCAGAAGGUUCACUUCGCUCGACAUGUCAAUACUUUAGAGAUCAAGUCGUCGAGUUUCUCGUAGAUAUUUUUAAUUUUUUCAAAGUACGUUAUACAAAUAUCGACGAGCUCGCGGAAGAUAUAUGGCGCGAGAUGCGAAUACGAGUGGAGAAUAUUAAUCAAAGACUAGCACUUGAAGGUUGUUGAUGAUUUAAUAAUAUUGUUAUUAUUAUUACAACAUUUAUAAAUAGUGUAGCUAUGAAAAAUUCUACUAGUAGAAUUUAUAAUUUAAUGAUAUUAAUAACUCGGUACUGCCAUUUAGUAUCUUAAGAUUUAUAGCCCAAUUAAUUAAUAUUUAAUUAUCCAGCUGUAAAUUUUUAAACAAAUUUAUAUUUAUUUCACCCGCCCGUCACUUUUUAUCAUGUACGAUAUUAUUUUAUAGUUGUAAUUAUUUGGUUGAUAAUAAUUGAGGCAUUUACCUUCGGUAUUACGCACACGCACUAGAUUACAAUGAUUAGAAUUUUGUAUAUAUCCAUGUACAGUUUAGGAAACAAUUUUUUUUUUAUAUAAAUAUAACACGA